AGAUUUUAAAGUAAUAUGGGGAUAAAGAACUUGAUGAAGAUUAUCAAUGAUAAAGCACCAGAUUCAGUUAAAAGCAAGCAGCUUAAGUCACUAAACGGCUACACUCUUGCUUGUGACGCCUCACUUUCUAUAUAUCAGAACCUGGUCUCGACUAUUAGUGCGAGGCAUGCUGGAGUCCAUGAACUGAAGGACGAUGAAGGCAACCUUACAGGACACUUAAUCGGGCUCUUUAACAGAACUUUGAUGCUUCUAGAGAAUGGUAUCAGGCCUGUAUGGGUUUUUGAUGGAAAACCUCCAGAUUUGAAAUCCCUUGAACUUGACAAACGUAAACAAAGUAAAGAGUUUGCAGAAGAACAGAAAAAAGAAGCCCUUGAAGAAGGAAAUGCAGAACUUGCAAAGAAGAUGGCUGGAAGAAGUGUCAGAAUUACAAAGAAAAUGAUAGAAGAUGCUAAGACAAUGCUGAUAUAUAUGGGAUGCCCUAUAGUAGAAGCCCCUUGUGAAGCAGAAGCACAGUGAUCAGAACUAGUAAAAGCAGGCAAAGCUUUUGCUACUUGUACUGAAGAUAUGGAUGCUCUUACUUUUGGAUCUAAAAAUCUUAUCCGAAAUGUAAACUCUAAAGGCGAACCUAUCAUACAAAUCAACCUAAAGGAAAUGCUAGAUGCAUUUGAGAUGACUAUGGAAGAAUUUAUUGACUUAUGCAUCCUCUGUGGAUGAGAUUACACCCAAAGUAUCAAAGGAAUUGGUCCAUCUACUGCAUUUAAGAUGAUGAAAAAUCACGGCUCGAUUGAAAAGAUAUUAGAAACAAUAAAAACUGAUUCCAAACUAAGGAAGAAGCAUCAUAUCCCUGAUCCUUUCUUAUAUGAAGAGGCUAGGGAGCUAUUCAAAAACCAUGAUGUUAGAAAAGCAGAAGAAAUAAAGUUUAAAUGGCAGCCAGUCAACGAGAAAGCUUUAUUUGAAUUCUUGGUCCAUGAGAAAAAGUUUUUGGAUAAAAGAGUUGAAGAAGGAAUUAAAAAGAUUAAGAGACAUAAGGAUAAGCCAAAUCAGACCAGAUUGGAUGGAUUCUUUAAGAAGCCCACUGCUCCAAAACCUGAAGCUAAAAAAGUGAGUCCCAAAGAGAAGGUUCAAAAGAAAGGCAUCAGCUAAGGGGACAUUUAAAAAGAGGAAGAAGGUCGUUGAAGAAGAUG